GACCAUGAACAGCUGUUAUUUUUCUCCUCCAAAUUCGACUUGCUUUAGGACCAAGCGUCGUACCCAACUCUUACAACUGAGGGAUAGCACUCGACUUGAUUUUGAGCAAAGUUCCUGUCUCUGUUUAAGCCCAUACAUUGUCGAAACAGACGGAGUGGGACUAAAGUUACCGUUUUUACUUUCUUAAACGAAUGAAGGGAUCCUGAGGACGCUCGUUUCGCCUGCGACUGGGAGCGACACCUGGCUCAGUGCUACUCAUCGUCCACAUUUGGACCACCCUUCCAGCGUGUUUUUGUGAGUAGUGAAGAGGAGCAUUUACAGCUAUGUGCUACAGUGGGCAGCCUCUGUGUACUGGAAACAGGCGUUCACCAACCAGUAGAGAUGCCAAUAGCUCAGGCUCCCAGUAUGCUCUCUGUGCACUGGGGGUGGGCCUGGUGGCACUCGGGGUUGUCAUGAUCGUGUGGAGCAUAGUUCCUUCUGAAACACAGUUGAACAAUGCUACGAACACGAGCAACGCAAGUGGCAACACAGAGUUAAAGCAGACAUCAUCUGUUGCAUUUGUGCUGGUUGGAUCUGGUGUUGCCAUGUUGCUCCUUGCUGUAUGUCUCUGUCUGAGAAACAGGAAGCGAAGGAGACAACGGGAAACUUCAGGUGUACGCAGUGCUGGUUAUGUGGAUCGUGUCCAUAGAGAUCAGGAUGAGGAGUCAGCUGAUGUACCAGCGACCAACUAUGAUGUUCCCACCUAUGAGGAGGCGGUCACCAGUGGACAGUACCCUGUUCGGCAGAGCAACUUGCGUCAGAGUUACCAGCUGCCGUCAUAUGAGGAUCUGAUUGGUGCUGUUGAAAACGAAGGCCAGCAGCCUAGAGAAGGUAAUGGCCAAGAGGCCCCUCAGCCAGCUCCUGGCCCCGGACCUCAGCCUGCAGCACCCGCCCGCAGCAGCAGCAGGGCCAGUCGGAUCCUCAGACCUCUCCGAGUGCGCAGGAUUAAGUCAGAGAAGCUCCACAUGAAGGAUAUUCGUUUGAAUAUCCAAAAUCCUGGACAGAGUGGGGUGGUGACCAUCGAACCACUGACCCCACCACCACAGUAUGAGGACAAGCCCCCUCAACUACCCACAGAAGCAGUGUAAUGAUUUCACUGGAUUUUGUUGAGUGUUAGCAUCUGUGGGUUGUUUGAAAAAUGUUGACUCAACUGUGCAAAAGUAUAAAGUUUUAUUGAGAGCUAUAAAUGUGUCUCAAAAUCUGCCAAAUUAUGAAAUAGGAUACGUUCAUGUGUGCUGUCAGUUCUUGGACAAGACACUAAAACCUACUUGAAUGUUUCUUUUAACAAACUUUUUUUAUAUUUGAAGAAUGGAUUAUAGUUGUGUAUCGUAUUUUUUUAUUUAAAAUAGUUUGAGUAAGGAAUCUAAAUGCCACAACGCGUCUCUUGAGAGCAUCAGCGAGAUUUACUUCACAGUUUACUUCCAAAGAACUACAUUGUACAUUGCAAAAACGAAAACAAAUUCUUAUUAAAGAAUAACAUACAGCUCAAGAGUGAUAUCAAACUUUUGCCAAAUGCUAAUCACUGUUUUUGAAAAUACAUUUUUCAUUAAAAAAAUGUUUUCAAAAACAAUUUUUUUUAAAAAUGUUAUUCACAUUUUUUUUAUGUUAUUCUAAAUACGAAUGCCUCAUUUUUCAUCUCCAUUUUUUUAUUCUGAAUAUAUAAUACAUUUGAACCAGAUAGUGUGCAGUUGCAGCCAUAAAAUACAGGGAUGCAAAAUUAACUUAUACAGUAGAAGAUUUAAUUCACACUAAUUUACUUAACUAAUUUAUUCAGUGCCACUCCAAUUAAUCCAAUUAAUAAUGUAAUUAAUAUUUCAUUGUGUUUGUUCUGUUUGCAAUUAACUUUGUAUUUCAUUGCAUUAUAAGGGUGCAACAAUAAAAUGUAUUCUUAAAACUUGUAGGAAAAUUAAUUUUAAUGAUAUCUCAGAACAAAUUCUGUCUUAAUAUAAAAUUCUUAUAAGUGAUCUAAAAACAUGGGUCUGGAUCGCAAACAGAAAUGCAUCUUGGGGGACUUUGGUUUCUUGGGCAACUCAACACUUAAUUUCUGAAGUGCAAAUGAAAAUUUGAUGGAUGGGCUAACUAUUCUACAUGCAGUUUGACUGGACAAACAAGUCAUCUUGCUGCAGAUGGACCAUUUUCAAUGACAAAAAUGUUGUUAACAUUCUUGUUAGCCAAGCUGAACAUGGUGCUGUUGAUGUCCUUUUGUAUGUGAGCUAAAUAGCCUUGAGUUUAAUUGCCUUUUAAUUCAGUUUAUUUGAUUAAGGUGUAAAAUUUUGGAGAAGGGAUGGGUUUUUUUUAGAUUUACUUUUCACAAAGGAAUUGAUACAGGUGAUAAGUAAUAUUUUAAAGCAGAAAAGCUCUGUACGUUAUUUAUUUCUUGUAGGACAUAAUAAAAUUGUUUAAAUCUG